ACCCAACCCCACCAAACUUUGAAUUCUAAUACUAGUAUAUCUUCUUCAUCCAACUUAACUUCUCUCACCAUUUUCCAGCUCUCCCUAGUCCCUCCUCCUCCAUGCUCUUGAUACUAAACCACAUUAAAUGAAUUUCACAAACCCAUCUGACUCCUUCCAUUAAUGCCCACCAUAAAAACACCCACUUUUUCACAAACUCACACCACUUGUUACUUUCAUCAUUCAAAUACCAUCAUUUAUCAUUCCUAACCUCCCAUCUGCUCACUUCAAUGGGGAGGAAAAUGAAGCUCAUUCCAUUCCUAUUCAAGCCCACUGAACAAAUACUAUCUUCUUCUUCUUCGGCUUCUUCGUGGCCUUGGCCUAAUUGCGGUAGCCCCAAGACACUCUCUUUUCGAGCCGAAAAGAUCAUGAACUCCGUCUUUGUUGCUAAUGACUCCAGGUUCCUCACCUCAUCAUCGGUGUGUGAACAAUCUUCUAGCAUUUUGUCAACUACCGUAGUGCUGGAAGAGGAGGAAUAUUUAGCCGAGGGUGCGGAUCAGACCAUAGAGAGUGUAAUUCGGGGCGCGAAAACCUCGUCCGAGAGGCUGUUCUUCGAUAAUCACGCAGGAGAAACAACUAGUUGCAUAGUUUCGGAUCAGCAUCAGCUUACAAAGAGUAAUGACAACAAGAGUGGUGAUGUUACGAGUAGUGCUACUAAUAGAAUUGAUUGUGCCACAAGUAACGAGAGAUAUAAAUAUUGUUCGAGUGAUAAAGUAUUGUUGAUGGAGAUGGAUUCGAGAGAUCCGUACGACGAUUUCAAGAAAUCGAUGGAGGAGAUGGUGGAAGCCAAUGGCUUCAAUGUGAAGGAUGAUUGGGAGUCUCUUCAUCAACUCUUGAAAUGGUAUUUACAAGUCAACGGGAAAAGCAACCAUGGCUAUAUAGUUGGAGCAUUCGUUGACUUGAUGGUCUCUCUCGAGUACUCUUCGGCUUCUUCUUCGUUUUCUUCGCCGACUUCAUCGUCUUCGAGUAGUACUGAUUAUGAUCAUAACAACUCCUCUUCUUCAUCCGCCACUGUUAUUACUCAGUCUCCUGUUUCGGCUCUCUCGUUCUCUUCUAAUUAUUCCACGGCUCCUUGUUUAUUGACUUUAUUCGAGGAAGAAGAGGAGGAAGAGGAAGAAGAAGAAAAGGACGCGGCUCUUGAUCAUCGUGGUUCGACAUAAUUAAACGACAUUCUGUAAUGAUAAUUAGAAUUAGUGAAGUCUAUUAGCUAGCAAUAUGGUAUGAUAUUUUCCCACCUCAAAUAUUGAUUUAAAUUAUCGAUUAAUGUCAUUGUAUUUGGAUAUCGGAAGUAUAUAUAUAAAUACUAGUUAUCUUUUAGCGACA